GCCGCUCCCGGCCGCGUGCGGCGCGAACCUUGGCGCAAGCGCCAAGGAUCGGGUAGUUGGCCGGAACGCCACUGCGCAUGUGUGUCAACUAUAAGGGCACCACACCUGUAGGUGUUCAGAUGGAGCAGCAUUCUAGUCAUCCUACUAACAGAAGAGUUGCCUCUGGUUUUGUUCCAGCCAAAGACGAAGGUAAUGUGCCUCUUUGUCGAGCCAAACCCUCUCCCAGCUUUAUUAAUCUUCAAGCAAGUUCCCCACCAGCCACUUUCCUGAAAAUCCAGGCAACAAAACUGCCCUCAGAAAUUGACCACAAGCCCAAGGAAUGCCUAGGACUCCUAGAAUGUAUGUAUGCCAAUCUGCAGCUUCAGACCCAGCUUGCCCAACAACAGAUGGCUAUUUUGGAAAAUUUACAAGCGUCCAUGACACAACUGACUCCUGGGAAGGAAAACAAGAACUCUUCCCUCCCAGCCUUAUCUCGCAAUCUGUUGUUAAAUCACCUGCCCCAAUUCAGUAAAUGAAUUGUGGAACAAA